UAUAACCUAGUGCAUCACGCGAAAGUAGCGGCUGCCAAGAUGGUGGACAGACUGGUGAACAGCGAGUCUAACACGAGGAGAAUAGCCUUUGUGGAACAGUGCUUUGGGGCUUCUGGACAGCCCCUGAAAGUGCCUGGGAGAGUUCUUGUAGGAGAAGGUGUAUUGACCAAGCUCUGUCGCAAACGACCAAAACCAAGACAGUUCUUCCUCUUCAACGAUAUACUUGUUUACGGCAAUAUUCUAAUCAGCAAAAAAAAGUAUAACCAACAACACAUUAUCUCACUGGAGGAUGUCAAGUUAGAAAAUGUGGACGACGAAAUAACCCUUGCUGAUUUUGCCUUACGGAAUGGAUGGAAGAUUAUCAGUCCAAAAAAGUCCUUUGUAGUGUAUGCAGCCACAACUACAGAAAAGACACAAUGGAUGUCACAUAUCAAAAAAUGUGUCAACGACCUGCUACUCAAACGGGGAAUAACUCAGGAUACAGCCAAUGAUUCGCCAGUUUGGGUACCAGAUGAUGAGGCCACUGUCUGUAUGCAUUGUCGUAAAUACCAGUUUUCUGUGAUAAACAGGCGGCACCACUGUAGGAAGUGUGGGAAGGUGGUGUGUGGUCCCUGCUCCGAUCAGAAGUGGCUCCUCCCACAGCAGUCAUCCAAGCCAAUCAGAAUAUGUUUGAGCUGUUACAACGAAUUGUCCUCAGCAAAGUCCACAAAUGCAGGUCCGCCACCAGCAGCAUUGGGUGCCGAAGACUCCUCUGGCGAGGAUUCUUCUGAUGACGAUGAUACAAACUACGCUAACGUGGAUACUGUUUCACAGGAUGAGCAGUUCCAAACCUACGACUGAGCAAUUUCAUUCAAUUGACACAAUAUUGGCCUACACAAUGUCCGACUCCUUUACAUACUUUAAUUGUCAUGUGUCUUCAAAUUUACAUGUCAGUGCUUUUAAUAUUUGUCUGUUACCUAUAGAGAAUGUUUGCCUUUAAAUAAAGCUCUAUGAUAAAGGUGUACACAAUUGUAUCGCGAUACUUUAGAGGACGAUUCAUGUGUCAUAUUGUCACCUGUAUCUUGAUACUUUGGUGGACUAGAACAUCAUACGUGAGUUAUAUGACCUCUACUGAUAAUCUCUGGAUCUUGUUGUCACAUAGGACAUAUGGUCUCUCUAACAGACAUCCGUAGGUUGUGUGGUCACCUGAUGCUGUUAUCCUGAUCAAGUUAUUGUAAAAUUUAGAAAAACAAAAAUCAUUUAAGGAUCCCUGUGCCUCUGCAGGCAAACCACUAGAGAAUUGACAAUUCAACAGUGGUUUCUGUCUCCAAGCCACUAAGUAGUGAAAGCGAGACUAAAGUGUUGCUUUUCCGGCAACGGCGACGAAGUCAACAUUAAGUUUUUGCGUUUAAGUUAGUUUCACUGAAAGUAUAAAUG